AGAAAGCCCAAACAAAGUGAAACAGGAUCAUAAGACACUUAACUUAACCUUCCUACCAAAAUUAUCCUCCAUCCUAAACCAUGUCCUUCUUCCCAACCACCCUCCCCGCCCUCCCCCUCCGCGAGGCAAUCGUAGACCCGGUCUACCGCGCCGUCCUCUCCUUCGACGGCAACGACCUCCCGCUCUUCGAGUCCGCCUUCUUCGAGGAUGCCGCUUUCGACUUCAACGGCAGCGUGAUGGAGGGCCGCGCGGCCAUCAAGUCUGGCAGCUGGGAUAACGUCUCUAAGCUGGACACCACCCACUUCCUUAGCAACGUGCGCAUCAACCUUCCCUCUGAGGACAGCACGACCGCGACAGUGUCCGCUUCGGCAUUGGCCCAGCACUUUCGCACAGGCCAGGGGAACCAGCCCGACACUACCCGGCUGACGAGCGGGGCGCUUUACUCGAUCGAUGUGGCCAAGGACCCCGCGGAUGUGAAUGGGCUGUGGAAGGUCAAGCUGUGGAGGAUGAAACUGGUGUGGACGGAGGGGGAUUGGGGGGUGAUGACGGGGAACUAGACUGGCGAUGUCUGUUUUCAUUCGGAAAGCAAGGAUGAGUGGAUGGCUGUAGGGUCGAUUAUGAUGAAUAUGAACUCCACAUGUGCGGC